AUGAUGUUACGAUCUCUGAAUCUUUCUAUUAAAGGUGUCUCUACUCUGUCGGCCCAUACACCUACCACCAAACGACUAUUUACGUCUUCCACAUCUAACAUGGCCCCCCGAAUCACACGACCCAAGCUCAAGGAGUACCCCUUCGUGGUUACUCAGUCGACUCGAUGGUCUGACAACGACCAAUAUGGCCAUCUCAACAACGCUGUCUACUACCACUUCUACGAUGCACUUGUUAACGGAUACUACUGGGAUCAAUGCAAACAUAACGUGAUGGGCGAUCUACGGGCUCUCGUGGUCGCCUCAGGCUCAGAAUACUUCGAGAUCAUCGACGGAUUCCCCAAACCUCUGGUGCUCGGUCUGGCAGUACGGAAACUUGGACGAUCGUCUGUGGAGUUUGAGAUCGGAGUCUUUCAACAGAGCAAAACGGCCGAGCAAGAGGAGUCAGCAGAAAGCAUUGUCUACGAGGCCUGGGCCAACUCCGGAGAAGAUCCCGUACCUGCCACCACAGAAGAGGCUCUGUUCAGAGAGCUGAGAAACCAAAAGGUCAAGGCUCUGGGAAAAUUUGUGCAUGUCUUCGUCGACUCGACCACCAACAAGGCGGUUCCAAUUCCCGCGGAUCUCAGAAAGGGCCUGGAGGAAAUUUAUGUUGGUCCUUCUCUUCCCAAGAUGUAA